AUGUUGCAGGAUCAACAACGCGAGCUCUCCGCAUUCCCGGCGCGAGGCGAUGCCAGUCGCGACGAUGUGGUGCAAGGUGUUACUGGGGAGAAGUCUGCGCUUGACGAGGAGAAGCCGCGCGAUGCUCGACUUGAGGAGAAGUCUGCGAUUGCAGUCGCUGGUGGAGAUGCGCCCGAAGGUGACGGUUUCACGCCGCCUUUCCUCAAACUGCCACCCGAGCUUCGCAACCGCACCUAUGAGCUCGUACUCGGCGGCAACAUGAUCCACAUAAUGAAGACCAUGCCCUACAUGCCAUCGCGCCUCCGCGCUCUGGUCUGCACCGCCAAAAAGCCCCUCACGACAAUCAAAGCAGACCAGGAGGAGGAGGACUCAGUCUGCCGUAUGACGACCAGGUACAGCAUGCGCGCGGACCAUCACCCUUGCAGGGAUUUCUACCCCAAGACUUGCCUUCCCCUCGGACUGCUAGGUGUAUGCCGACAAAUCCAGGCCGAAGCCGCCCUCAUCCCUUUCUCGAGCAACACCUUCGACAUCGAAACCUACGCCAAGGGUAUCCAGAACUUCGCGGCACACUUGACCGAUGCCCAACUCGGCGCCAUCCAGAGCCUCACGGUGGACUUCUCCAACGGCAAGAAGGAGGAGCUGUGGAUCGAUCCGGCUAUCGUGAAGCGCAUGCCGUCGGUGAAGGCCGUUACGAUCAUCGCUAGCAUGUACGCGCUUCCAGGGGCUCCGAUGGGACUUCAUACCCUGGGAGCGUUGCCGCGUUUGAGCUCGCUUGAUGGUGUUAUGGUUGUGCAGGAUCACAGGCGCGUGCCGGCUCUCGAGGCGGAGAGGGCGUGUGGCGGGAUUGUGAAGUUGAAGGAGAUAGUGCUUCCAGAGGGGAAAGAAGGUAGUGGUACAGAUUAA